AUGACACAGAACGAUGAAGAUCCCGAGUCUUCGUACGACCGACAAUCUUCCCGCAUUGAACCACCCCCUGAUGGAGGAGUAAAGGCAUGGACACAAGCCAUAAUGGGCCAUCUAGUGGUGUUUAACACCUGGGGGUACAUUGUCACCUUCGGCGUAUUCCAGGAAUACUACGAAUCCAGACUUGGCGUUUCAGCAUCGGCUAUUUCAUGGGUCGGAUCUAUACAAGUUUUCCUCAUUUUCUUUAUCGGGGCAUUCUCCGGUCGGGCCCUAGACGCAGGCUUCUUCCACACUGUCUUUUAUACCGGGGUCCUUCUGCAGCUCCUCGGGGUGUUCAUGACUUCACUCUCGACACGCUAUUGGCAGCUAUUCCUCGCCCAGGGUGUCUGUACAGGCCUUGGCAGUGGUCUACAGUUCUGCCCCGUGAUGGGGCUGGUGGCUACCUACUUCUCUGAGCGGAGGGUGUUUGCCCUGGCAUUUUGUCUGGUUGGGAGUGGAACUGGAGGCAUGCUUCUUCCUGGUUUGGUGAAAGCUCUCUUGCCGUCGAUCGGAUUCGGUUGGACGGUUAGGGUGUUGGGGUUUGUCAUGCUCGCUACGAGUAUCCCUGCUAUUCUGCUGUUGCAGCCUCGACUACCCCCGCGCAAGGCUGGCGCCCUCAUUGAAUGGCAGGCGUUCAAGGAACCUACCUACGUGCUUUUUUGUCUGGGCAUGUUUCUGAAUUUCUGGGCUUUAUACUUCGCCUUCUAUUACAUUGGUGCAUUUGCUCGCAACAUUCUCGGCAUGUCCUAUUCGGACUCGGGCAAUUUGAUCAUUGUAACCAAUGGAGCAGGGAUCAUCGGUCGCCUUAUCCCGGCCUAUUUGGCCGAUCUCAAAUAUGGACCACUCAACACCAUCAUUCCCCUGACCUUUGCUGCUAGUGUGAUGAUGUUCUGCUGGGCUGCCGUCCAUUCAGUUGCCGGCCUGUACGUAUUUGCCGUGCUCUACGGCUUGUUUUCCAAUGGGGUGCAGGGCCUCUGGCCAUCAACACUCUCCAGUCUUACGCCCGACCUACGCAAAACCGGAGUCCGCAUCGGCAUGGGCUUUACGAUUGUGAGUUUCGCCUGUCUGACGGGCCCACCCCUCGGUGGAGCUCUCAUUGCUAGAGCCGACAGCUACAUUGGAGCACAGAUCUGGGGCGGGUUAUCCUUUUUGCUGGGUGCGUUGGUUCUGGUGGCUGCGCGUGUGAAGAAAACAGGACCAAAAAUGAGGGCCAAGGUCUGA